AUGCUUAAGAAUAGUUGUAGCUAUAACUUACCAUGUUAUUUUUUCUUUUCGUUUUCCAUUGCAUAGUAUCAGAAGGAGUUGGAGCUGUUUCGGCUGAAGGAACAGAUCGUGAAGGAAAAGCUUGCUUUGUCUGUCCUACAAACCAAGGCAGAGGCAGAAAUUGACAAAGCCAAAAAAGUUAUAUCUGAAAAAGAUGCAGAGUUACACGAUGCUGAAGAAAGUCUUACGGGUCUCAAAGAGGUUCAGCUCGAGUUCUGUUGCGAUGCUGAGGUUGUGGAGGUUGCUGGUAGCUUCAAUGGUUGGCAUCACCGAAUCAAACUGGAUCCUGACCCGUUGGCUAGUGCCUCAGACUAUGGUGGAUCAAGGAAAAUACGUUUUUGGUCAACAACGCUGUGGCUUUAUCCUGGCGUGUAUGAGAUAAAAUUUGUUGUUGAUGGUCACUGGAGAUUAGAUCCUCAACGGGAGUCUGUAUCAAGAGGUCACAUAUGCAACAACAUUCUAAGAGUAGAUAUAUGAAGCAUUUUAGCUGGUCACAAAAGCUACAUGUAUAUACAAAAAGGGUACAUAAAAUCAAGACACUGUUUGCUGUGAAUUUCUGAACAAUCACUGACAGCAAUAUGGACAAAAGGGGGACACAACUGACAAGCAUGCAAGAAUGAGCAGAGAAUUUUGAUCGUGUAUCUUAAUACAUACUAGCUAAACGCAGUUUGUACAUUCACUUUAGGUCUAUUAGAAAGAUUAAGACAUCACAUCAUCGCGGACUAUGCAUGAAUUUCUUAGGAACUAUGUUUAGUUUGGAAGAGUCUUAGCUCCAAUUUUAUGCGCCAUCGUCAUUGUAUCAGACUAUCAAUCAAUUAGAAGAAAAUGUAGCUUCCUUUUCUUUUUAA